AUGUCCGCUUCGUCUGGGCACGUCCUCAAUUUGCUUGCGGAAAACCACCCUGCCACUGCCCCCGUACCCCGCGGCAUUCCCCACCAGCACAAGACGGAGGUGAUCGAUUGCUUGGGUAUCUUUUGGGCGACCUUCCUACAGCGAGGCGUGCAAUUGCACCGCACCGACACUGCAUGCACCCUUCGCACCGACUGUGCCAAUGUCAAUGUCGUCCUGGACGUCCAUCCGACCUCGCUCGUCCUCUUCCCCGACCAGGGCUUUGGACGUGGGAAGCGUCUUGCGCGCCACUUUUACAUCAACGGCAAGUUGCCCGAUUCCAGUACGGCUCUCAGCAAGAUCACAGUGGUCAUCGCGAAUGCAGUGGACAUCGCAGGGACCUAUCCGCCCACGGACGACCUGGUAUUCAUCUUCCAGGACCUUGUCAUGGAAGGCAAGAAAGCCCUCGCUCUCAGCUUCUGUGUCUCUGGCGUCCUGUAUCAGACCCUUUCGCGUCAGGGCACGGGCACCAUUACAUUCGUCAAUUCCAGUCUUGCCAACGCUAUCUAUCCGCCCUCAUCUUGGGGGUUGAAUGAGUCGACAACGGCCCUCGAAGAUUACGUGGCGUACUUUAUUCGCAAAUAUAAGCCAUCGUUCAAGAUCCGGCUCCUGUCGCUCGAGGAAUACAAGAACAAGGUCGGGUACGAGAGGUUUAUGCUCGAGACGGACCCUUGCUUUCAGCUCAAGUAG